AAGAGGUGGAAAGGGGGGAGAGAGAGAGACAAACAGAGAAAGACAGACAGAGGAGGAAGAAGAGAGGAUCACUGCCAGUAAAAGAUGUUAGAACCAGAGCAAAAAAAAAAAAAAAAAGUACCUGUGGUUCUUAGCUACUGGCCAACUGUUCCUUUAAGAAUGAAGGCCAGCCAACUACAAGCCCGAGGGAGGCCGAGCUCCUAAUCACGGGAUCAGAGAAACCUCUUUCUCAGAGAAGGGAGCCAUUGUGAGCCAGAGCAGUUAGAGGCUGGGCUUCUCUUGUGGAAUUGUAAUGCUAUAUAAUACACAGCACGGCCGAAGAAAGCGGGCUCUUAUUCCUUUCUGAGUGGAGCGGGCAUUCUGCGAGACCCGGGAACAAAGAGGGGACCUGUUUAUGAGCCCUAGGCCUGCUGGGCCAAACAAACAGUGGCAUGGCAAAUCAAAAAAAUUAGAGGAUUGGAUGGAGACAAGAGAACCUGAAUUCAAAUCUCCAGUCAGACAUUUACUACCCAUAUGACCCUAGGAUAAGCAAAUGAUUUUCGCAACCUAUCUGAGGAAGCGCCUUCCUCCUGCAAUUAGAAGUUUGAUUCUACAGAAGAAAUUCAAUGCUAGAAAUAUUUCUAGCAUGUCAGGGGAACCAAAAGAGGCAAGUGUGGUGAUCCUGCCCAGAUCCUUCGCUGAGGACUUUGAAAAGUUCUGCCGGGCCAACAGUGGUGCUCUGACCCUACUCCAUAGAAGUGAACCUGGCGAAUGGAAGCUGCCUACUCUGAGUGCUGGCUUGGACAUCAGAAAUAAUGGCCUAAAGUACAAGAAAUAUGAGUUUGGUGCGUGUACUGACACCCUGACGUGUCUAGAAGGUUUUUCGGAACAGCUUAAAGACAUGGUCACAUUCUACUUGGCCAUGAAGAAGGUGGGAAUUCCAGUAAGGAAUAAAGAAAGUCACUGCAACCUGGGUAUAUACAAGGUUGCCCACACCUUGAAACCAUCCACCUUUGGUGUUCAGGGUGUCCCCCAACUCUUACCUGUGGCUCCAAGAAGCUGUAAGUCACCACUGGCUUUUACCAGUGCUCCUGGGUGUCCAGUUGUUAUUGACCAGAAAGAUAAAAGGAUUCAAGUGAGUCAUUCUGGGGAAGUCUCAGAGGUCCAUUGCAUUUCCCAAAAUCCUCUGCACUACAGCAUUACUUCAUCAUCUAGUGUACAGAAAAUUAGAGAGCUAGAGAGCAUAAUUGCCAGAGAUCCAGGAAACCGAGGAAUAAAACAUUUGUUCAACAAAGAUGAGCUACUGAAGGCCUCUCUGUCCCUGUCCCAUGCUCAUUCAGUGCUUAUCACCACUGGGUUCCCUACCCAUUUUUCUCAUGACCCACCUGAAGAGAAUGAUGGUCCCCCAGGAGCCAUUGCCUUAGCUGCCAUUUUGCAAGCUUUAGAAAAGGACGUUGCCAUUGUGGUUGAUGAGAGAGCCAUGAAUUUGCACAGAAAAAUUAUUGAAGACUCAGUUGAUCAAGGUGUUUUGAAGACAACAAUACCUCUCUUAAGUUAUCAAGGUGGGGACACAAGAUCAGCUCUCAUGUUCCUAUGUAAGGAUGGGGAUCCCAAGUCACCAAGAUUUGAUCACUUAGUGGCUAUAGAGCGCUCAGGAAGGGCUGCUGAUGGCAAUUACUAUAAUGCUCGUAAAAUUAAUGUCAAGCAUCUAGUUGAUCCCAUUGAUGAUCUCUUCCUUGCUGCACAGAAGAUCCCUGGAAUCUCAUCAACUGGUGUUGGUGAUGGAGGGAAUGAACUUGGAAUGGGAAAAGUAAGAACAGCCGUGAAGAAGCAUAUCAAGAAUGGGGAUGUCAUAGCUUGUGAUGUGGCAGCUGACUUUGCUGUUAUAGCUGGUGUUUCCAACUGGGGAGGCUAUGCUCUGGCCAGUGCACUGUAUUUACUGAACACAAGUGCCAUCCAUGGGCGAUACCUACGGAAAGCCGGAUCAGCCGCCACGUCCUCAGGAGCACCAACCUGGGCUCAGGCUCUCCCCUCUGUCAAGAAGGAAGAAAAGAUGUUGCAAAUCCUAAUGAAACACAAAGUGCGGAGUGGAGUAACUGGAGAAGUGGGAAUGGUAGUAGAUGGGUUACCCUUCCAUGGCAUUCAUGCUGAAAUGAUCCAACAGUUGAUUGAUGUUACCACCAUGUAAUUCACACACACACACACACACACACACACACACACACGCAUGCAUAAAUUAUAACUGCUGUCACUCUUUCUAAUUUUCUUCUUACCCCCACCUCAUACACAUGUAUGUCACCCUAAAGUGGCUGGACUGUCUUCUUGUCCCAACUUGGAAGAAUUGGACGAUUGUAAAAGAGAAUACCUAGAACAUGGGUAAUAAUCCAGCUCAUGGAGAUUGCAUUUCAUAGGUAACUAGAAAAGAAUGAGAGGGAGGCAUUCCUCUCCUCACUUUCCACUUGCCCAGGAGGUCACCACACUGGGGAUAUAGAGAAACUUUUCAAGACUGGCUUUGCAAAUUGACUGAUGGUCCAAAAAACAAAAAAGCACAAAACCAUGCAUGAUGGUGCCAUGUGGGUUAGCAGGAUAAAGUAGAAAGAACAUAUAAUUUUUUUUAAAACUUACUUUCUGUCCUAGUAACAACUCUAAGGGCAAGGGCUAGGCAAUGGGGGUUA